AUGGGUGGGAUUGGCGCGGUCACAGAGCCGCUUGUGGUUAUCGCAUUGCUUGUUGGCGGCACGUGGAUUAAUCGUGAUUUCAAUCCUGGCAGAAGAAGGAGGCCAAGAGACAUCAGAAGGGUUUCCGAUAAUGCGAGGGUGCAUGGAGAGACUGCGGCAUUGAUGGAGGAUGAUGUUGAAUCCAGGUCUGCAAGCCCGAGUUUACUUGGAGGCCAGGAACCAAAGUGGAGGACAAGAACUCUUGAGGUGUGGGGAAUGAGGAAAGAGGCUGUGACGCCGAAUACGAGGAGAUUCAAGGGGUAUUUUUUGAGUCGGCUAUUGGAGAGAUUCCCGUUUUUGGUGGAGUGUUGGUAUUGGGCUUUGAUUUAUUGGGUAUAUCAAUUAGGCCGCGCAGCAACAGCAGUUUGGAUCGUCGAAGGCACCAUCCAUGCCGCCCGAAACCACGCCCUAAAAGUCAUCGCUAUGGAGGAGAGGCUACGCAUAUUCUGGGAGCUGGAUAUUCAACGGUUCUUCAUGCAGGAUCAUUUCGCAAUGACUUGGAUCAAUCGGACCUACUCCUUUAUCCAUAUUCCCGGCUCGAUCGCUUUCCUGGUUUGGCUUUUCUACUAUACCAAUACGCGGAAUCGGAUAGAUGACAGUCAGAACUGCAAGAAUCGUGGGGAGGCGAAAGGGUCUCCUGCUGGCCCGAGACUGUACGAAUCUCGGCGACGGACAAUGGCGUUCUGCAAUUUGCUUGCGUUCAUCAUAUUCACCGUCUGGCCAUGCAUGCCUCCACGACUCUUGACCGCCGAUACCUCCCAGGGGAAAAGCGGACAAUUGGCAAGAAGCUAUGGCUUCGUCGAUACAGUUCACGGACCAGGAGGUGAAGGCUCCAUCUGGACCGACAACCGAUUCACCAACAAAUUCGCUGCGAUGCCCUCUCUACACUUCGGUUACUCCCUUCUAACCGGACUCACUAUCGCAGCGAUUCCUCUAAACUCGGCACAUCCAUCCACCACACAGUUCGUACUCCCUUUCUUCAAUCAAUCGCACCCCAAACUCGCACCCAAGAUCACAAUGCCUUCGUGGAGACGGAUGACCUGUCUGUUAGUCGGAUUCUUAUACCCAACAAUUAUCCUUGUCGCAAUUAUUGCCACGGCAAAUCACUUCAUCCUUGACGCUGUAGCUGGUAGCAUUGUAUGCGGCGUUGCAUGGUGGGGCAACGACGUCCUCCUCAACCUGCUUGCUUUGGAAGACUGGUUCUUGUGGGUAGUGCGGAUCCACAAACCGGAAACUGAGGUUAUUGAUGUCGAAGAAGAAGAUCAACGUGGUACCUGGACCAAGGGAGUUUUGAGAAACUGA